AUAAACAAUCGGUAUUUCGGAACACAUGUUUUAGUGGAGAGAAUAAGUAAUGACACAUGCAGAUAUAAAUCGUUAUUUCUUCUUGUCGGUCAGUUGCGUUCUGCCGGCAAAAAGUGAGUGAUCGUGUUUGAACAAGAAGUGAUGGUUUUUGAUUGAUUAUUGACUCUGCGAACACAAAAUGGCAAAUUCUUUGUUGUUGCAAGCGGGUUUAUUGAUUUGCUCGAUUUGUGCAGUUAGGAGUGAGGUUUUCACUGCACUUGCUGAUUUAGAGGACCUUCUAGAAACCGAAGCUCUUUUAAUUAACACACUUGAAAAUUAUAUCAAAGCAGAAGAAGAAAAGUUGGGGUAUUUGAGGAGAUAUGCAGCAAUUUACAAAAAUCAGCACAAUAAAGCUUCUGAAAACGUCCAGGUGUAUGUUGCCAAUCCCAUUAAUGCUUACACUCUUGUUAAAAGACUAACAGCAGAUUGGCGAGAGGUCGAAAAUUUGAUCAACAGUGAUUUGAGUUUAGAUUGUUUGGCAAAUAUAACCCAUAUUAAGGAAACGAUGAAAUUUCCGACUGAUGAAGACCUUAACGGGGCUGCCGUAGCCUUGACUCGCCUCCAAGACACCUACCGCCUCGACACCUCCUCCUUGGCUCGAGGCGAACUAAACGGAGUGAAAUACAGCUCGGAAUUGAGCGCUGCUGAUUGUUUCGAAUUAGGCAGACAAUCUUACAACAAUGAGGAUUAUUAUCACACUCAAUUGUGGAUGCGAGAAGCCGACGCUAGACUCAAGAGAGAGGCUAAUGAAACGGUAGACAGGAGCGAUAUACUGGAAUAUCUGGCUUUUUCGACGUAUAAACAAGGUAACAUCCCUCUAGCAUUGGAUCUUACAAACAAACUCUUGGAAAUACUUCCAAGUCAUCCGCGAGCACUCGGAAACAAAAUAUAUUACGAAGAUGAGUUAGAGAAAUCUGUAAAUAUAAAGAUAAAAGGCGAUAAUGGGGCAGAAGCUGAAGCGGAAUUGAAACCAGACAUUGAUCCUUACGGCCGUGAAUUUUACGAACAAUUGUGCCGGGGGGAAAUCUCCCUCCCGGUGGAGAAAGCCUCCAAAUUGAAAUGUUUUUACCUAAGUAGGAACAACAACUUCCUCAAAAUUGCUCCCUUCAAAGUUGAAGAAGCUCACCACAAACCCGACAUUUUUAUCUUUCACGGUGUCUUAGCCGAUAGUGAGAUUGCAACGAUAAAACGAAUGGCUCAACCUAGGUUCAAGAGAGCCACUGUUCAAAACACUGACACUGGCGAGCUAGAAAUCGCUCAAUACAGAAUUAGCAAAUCAGCAUGGCUCAAGGAGGAAGAACACAAACACAUCGCUGAUGUCUCUCAAAGAGUCAGCGAUAUGACAGGACUGACAAUGUCAACAGCUGAAGAACUCCAAGUUGUCAAUUACGGAAUUGGCGGCCAUUAUGAACCCCAUUUUGAUUUCGCCCGAAGGGACGAGAGAAACGCCUUCAAGAGUCUCGGAACUGGCAACAGAAUCGCAACAGUGCUAUUCUAUAUGAGUGAUGUAGAACAAGGUGGCGCGACGGUUUUUCCUAGCAUCAAUGUUUCGUUAUGGCCCCAAAAAGGCUCAGCUGCCUUCUGGUACAAUCUUUACCCGAGUGGUGAUGGUGAUAAAAUGACAAGACAUGCGGCAUGUCCGGUUUUAACCGGCUCAAAAUGGGUUUCAAAUAAGUGGAUCCACGAACGCGGGCAAGAAUUUCUCAGGCCUUGUACUUUGGAAAGACCCAGUGAGGAUUUAGUGGCGUGACUGAAGACUGUUCCUAAAUAAUUUUAAUGUUUUUGCUUUAAACAAAGAUUAGCUUUAAUUUAUUUUGACGUGUAAUCAUAUUAGAGAAAUAAAGCCGAUUUCAUAUAAA